CCCAAAACACCAUUUCAGAACCUACUCUCAAAGAUCUCCAAACGUUCUUAGAUUACACCCUGAGCACCCAAGAUCCCACAGAUCUCGAAACCCUCUACCAUGAAAUUUCUUCAAGAAACCUCUCACCCACAGCUCUAUCCAACGCACUAUCCUCGGCCAUGGACUCCAGCCCACCCCAUCUUUCAAUCUUGGCAUCCACGGCUUACUUAUCUCUUCUUCUCUCCCCAAAUUGUCCCGUCUUGACUCUGUUCACUCCCAUGUCUUUUCUGUCGCUUCUUGUGUCCAUUCGCAGAGCUUUGAAAAGCAAGCAUUUACCCCCCAAAGGGGCUUCAGGGGUAAGACAGCCUGUGAGAAAAGGAAAGAGGAGCGGUCGAGGAGGCUCAGGGAAGAGCAGAGGAAACAACAAUGAACAUUGCGAGGACGUGGGUGAAGAUACGUUUUUUGAUGUUAGGGUUUUGUUCUGUAUCCUCGAGAUGUUGGAAUUGGUGAUGGGUUUGGUCCAUUUGGAUAGGUUUCCCGAUUGUUUGAGGAGUUUGGUUCAAACUGUGGCCGACAUUCCUGUAAUGGCAAGUGAAAUUGCUGGGGGUUCAAGUGUUUAUACCAGGCUAUGUGAGUUGUGUUCAAGGGUCCUAAGGGAAGUCCUUAAGACUGAUCAUGGGGAUCUGAGGUUUUCCACUGCCGAGCUUUUGAAGUCAUUGACACCAUUGAUUCUUUCAGUUAAGUCUCAAGCUAAGGCGUUUGCUUUAGAAUUUGUCGGGAACAUGAUGGCGAGUAUGGCCAAAGACUCACCCAUAGUAAAGGAAGCGGUUGUAAAUUUGCCCAAGUAUUUGGUUCAUAAGUCUCCAGAAAAGGCUGAGCCCAGAGCUUCAGCUGUGGCAUCCAUAAUACAGAUCGUUAAAGUUUUAGACUUGGAGGAUCAAGUUGGCUUCACUGAUUAUGUAGUGAAGAUGAGCCAAGGGGCGGGGCAUUUAAGGCUUUUGGCUGUGGACCUCAUUCCGGCAUUAAUAAUGUCAUUCAAAGAUCCACUAGGAUGGGGUUCAGAUAUUGGUCUUGAGAGUUCCUGGGGUUUGAGGUGUUUGGAUGCAUUGAUUCAGCGGUGCUCAGAUGCUAUUGCUGGGAUUAGAGCUCGGGCUUUGACCCUUUUAGCCCAAGUGGUGGUACAACUUUCUGGUGAUGAUCGGGGCAAAUCAGUGUUGAAGGAAAUAUUGGGGUUCAGAAAUGAUGGAUCUAAGUUGGAACGGGCUGGAAUCAACAAUGUCUUGAAAAACCUGUGUGCAGAUGAGAAGGCUGCAGUUAGGAAGGGUGCUCUUCUUCUAAUAUCCAAGUUGACAUCUCUAUUCGGCAGUGCUCUUGAUGAAGAUUUGAUAAAGACAGUAGGCAUUGCAUGUUGGGAUCCACUUGUUAGCAUAAGGAAAGUGGCAAUUUCAGCUUUAUCCGAGGCUUUUAGAUUGGGUUCAAGAGAUUUUGUAACAAACGAGUGGAUUCAUUCAGUUCCGCGUCUAAUAACUGAUAAUGAAACCAGCAUCCAGGAAGAAUGUGAAAACUUGUUCCUUGAAUUGGUUCUUGAUCGAAUCGCGCAAGUUGGAUCCAGCCGUCCUCCAACCCAAAUACAUAAUUCUCCAGACUUCAGUGGAAGUUCUAAAACCUCAGACAUGGAAAUGGAACAACUAUAUCAUGGUGGAGUUCUAUAUCUUUUGAAGGAGAUCUGUAAUAGCGAGGUGACACCAUGGGUAAAGAAAAUUUGUGCAAGUUUAGGAAAGAAAAAGAAACUCAAACCUAAGAUUGCUAUAGCACUUCAAAACAUCAUAAGGACAUCUGAAUCACUAUGCUUAAGCCGUUCAAUGCCAAUAGAGAAGUGGACUGCACCUUUGGGUUCAUGGUUUCUUUUAUCAGAGGUGUCCGUAUUCCUGCCUCGAGCUGUUGAGUGGGAGUUCCUUCAUCACCAUUGGCAGCUUCUUGAUAAGUAUAAACCUAAGAAUAAUGCUGAAAACCAGUUUGUACAGUGUGAUUUGAACUGUGAGGACUUUGAUACAGAACUAAGUUCUGUUACGUGGGCUGGAGACCGAGUUUUCCUUUUGCAAACAAUCUCAAAUGUGGCAGUGGAGCUCCCUGCAGAACCUGCAGCUGACCUGGCCCAUAAUCUUCUCACUCGUUUAGAGCAGUUCAGUAUGCAUUCAACAGAGGUUGAUGCUCAUGUGAAAGCACUUAGAACACUGUGCAAGCGAAAGGCUAUGAAUCCUGGGGAGGCUGAUUCCCUUGUUACAAAAUGGGUUCAACAGCUUCUCUCCAAAGUAUCUGAAAUUCUUGAUCUUUAUAUGUCAAAGAACAAAGAAACCAAUGAAGAUAGUGCAUUUCGUACACCACAAAGAUUUAUAAAUGGAAAGGGGAAAGGAACUGCUGCAUCAUCUGCAUUACUAUCACGAACAGUGACUGCUGUUCACACAUUGGGAAGUCUUGUUAUCAUUUGCCCUUCGGCUGACUUGAAAUCCAUAAUUCCAGUUCUACACACAAUAAUCACUUCAGAUGGUACUGACGCAAGAGCUAAGAAAUUACUGGGGCCUUCAGUUUCUAUCAAGCAGACUGCUCCGUCUUUGUAUGUUCAAGCUUGGGUAACCAUGGGCAAGAUCUGUCUUGCAGAUGGUAAACUUGCAAAACGUUACAUUCCUCUGUUCGUCCAGGAGCUUGAGAAGAGUGACUGUGCUGCUCUCCGUAACAACAUAGUUGUAGUGAUGGCAGAUUUUUGUGUCCGACACACAGCUCUAGUGGACUGUUAUCUCUCAAAGAUAACCAAAUGUCUACGGGAUCCAUGCGAAUUAGUUAGACGUCAGACAUUUAUACUUCUUGCAAGACUAUUACAGAGGGAUUAUGUGAAGUGGAGAGGAGUUCUUUUUCUGCGGUUUUUGCUCUCUCUCGUUGAUGAAUCUGAGAAGAUAAGACAGCUGUCUGAUUUCCUUUUUGGCAACAUCUUAAAAGUAAAGGCACCACUUUUGGCCUACAAUAGCUUUGUGGAAGCUAUAUAUGCCCUGAAUGACUGCAAUGCUCAUACUGGAUCUAGUAACUCCCAGAGCUCAAGAAAUGAAACACAUCUUUUCUCGAUUAGAGGAAAUGAUGCAGAGUCGAGGUCUUCAAGAAUGCACAUUUAUGCGACUUUGCUUAAACAGAUGGCUUCAGAACAUCUUUUAGCAACAUUUGCUAAAGUGUGUGCAGAGAUUCUUGCUGCUGCAUCUGAUGGUAUGCUCAAUAUAGAUGACUCUACUGGACAGUCUGUUCUGCAGGAUGCAUUCCAAAUCCUGUCGUGCAAAGAAAUCCGAAUCUCAACCAGCCGUGGGAUGUCUUCUGACUCGGCUGACAUAGACGAAGAAGCAGGAAACAGUGGAUCUGCAGUAGCUGCCAGGGGAAAUGCCAUAACUCAAGCUGUCAAGAAAGGGCUUAUACAGAACACCAUUCCCAUCUUCAUCGAGCUAAAGCGUCUACUUGAGAGCAAAAACAGCUCCCUCAUAGGGUCUCUCAUGGAAUGCCUCCGUGCCCUUCUCAAGGAUUACAAGAACGAGAUUGAUGAAAUAUUAGUUGCUGAUAAGCAGCUCCAGAAAGAGCUCAUAUACGACAUGCAAAAAUACGAGACAAUGAAGUCUAAAGCUACAGCUGCUGAGGCUGUUGCGACCGCUACGCGUGAUCCCAAGGGUCCUUGUUCCAACAUAUUGAAGAGUGGAGUGAAGGGAAAGGGAAAGCUGCACCGUGAUGAUGCAAAGGUUGCUUCGGCUAUGGCCGAUGCAACAGCAGCAGCUGUUGCCCAGUCUGUGCUGAGGGACGUGAAUCACGGGGCUGCAACGCCGCCACUCAGUGCAAUGAGGGCACCUAAGCUCAAGUCCUUCUCCACGGAAAGGCGAGGAGGACGGUCUGCGGCUGUGAUAGAGUCUCUGAGGAGAAGACAAACGUUUGAUUCUGAUGAUGAAAAUUGAUUCUCCAUUUCCAUUUCAUAGUCUAGAAGCUUGAUUCAUGCUGUAAAAUGCUUGCUGAAGGGCUACACUUGAAAAAUCAGCAAAUGUGGGGUGGUUAUAAUGUUAACCUGCAUUAAUUGUAUUUAAUUAAUUCAAAUAUAUUUAAUUUAUGUAAAUGCACGCCACUUAUAUAAUUCAAUUAGUCAAUAAAAUUUAAGUUAUUAG